UCUCUACCUUCUUUUUACUGAAAGACUUCAGAGCUACUGAUUUGAUUGGCUUUCUUCCAUCAUGAAGAUCUCGGUCCUUCUCUUUGUUUUAUUUUUCUUUCUGAUCUCACUGCCACCAGGGAAUUGUGCCAUGAAAGACACCUAUAGUUGCUUCAUCAAGAAAGGCAAAUGUAGACGCGCAUGCCAUGAUCUAGAAACGCCUGUUAGUUUCUGCACAAAACUAAAUGCCAACUGUUGCAUGGAGAAGUCUGAAGUAAAACUCAGCAUCCCUGAAAAACAAAAUGCAGGGAAUAUCAGGAAGGGUAACAAAUAAGCCUGAACUACUAACCACUCCUACAUAGUUCAUAUUGCUUUCUUGGUCACAUGGCAUCAUUUGAAGAACUAGGUUCUCUUCAAAGGGCCUGACGAUAUUGGGAGAUGGCCAAUAUACCGAGCGCUUCUAUGAAAACAUUUCAUCAUCUCAGACAUUUGUUCUUUAUGAACUGACAAAAGAAUGCUAAUUGACACCAAAAAAUUAUCACCAGGACCCUUCAAUUCAAAAGUAUCCAAAUUUCUCCAAAGGAGCAAGAAGUGGAAAGAGACCAAAGAAAUGGAACAAAUAGGAUAUUCAUCCAGUUAUGGAUCAAGGGACUGGCGGCACGGCAAGCAAGAAGUACAGGAGUCAGUUAAAUUCUUCUGUUGUAUGUCUCUGUUCUCUCAAAUGAGGAAUUUUAAAAAGAGACCAUAUGUGGAAAUGAGUCCUAGCCACUAAAGUUCAUCAACACUAGCAGUCUUGCCCAAGUCGUCAGCCAAGCUUGUUCUAUUCCAGCUCUGAAGUCAAAACUCAAACACAUGAUAAAAAACUGGGAAAAGCCACAACCGUAGGAUGUGGUGGGAACUGGAGAACAGGCCAGCUUGCUGGGGAGUCAGAAACCUGUUGUGACAGUGAUUCUUAAUGGAUGCCUGCCAAGGAGAUCAUUACCUAGCCCUUAGCUGCUGAAGAACAUCAGUGACAACUGUAGCAAAAAUGAUGGCACUAGUGCCUCUGUUUCUGUCUGGUGGCCCCAUCUCUCUCUCCGCCAGAUGAAAUUUUGUUUUCUGGGUGUCUGAUUUUUGUACCUUAUCAGUGGAAAUUCUAACAGGUUUCAAUAAAUUUGAAUCUCAGAUGAGACAGUAUAGUGA